GCUCGGAUUAGGUCACAUCAUCGACUCUUUUUCUUGCUUGGCACGUCCGUGUUUGGGUUUCUGUCCUUUUUGCUCCUUUGUGCAGUUUUGUGGGUGCUGCCAAAUUAGUUACUUUGGCCUUCGGGUGUGGAAGACUGUCAGUAUUGAGAGAGUUGGGUUCUUAUCAAAUGCGUCGUAUCUUGUAACGCUUCAAAAUUUCACUCGAGUACCAUUCAGAGAGUUGGCUCAAGCCCUACUUCGAGAAGAAAAGAAUUGCUGCUGAAAUGCAUUAGAUGAGUUCGAGUUGGAUGUCAGUGCGCAAUCACAUCAGUGGAGGACAGUUUGAGGCUCAGUAACAAAUCCUUGUAUAAAUUAAAGGAGAACGAAACCGUAGGGCUCAGGAGCAGUAGGAUGGCCGCUGCCGUGGUUGCAGAAGGGGUCGAAGCGGGCUUGGAUUUUGAUUGGUCUGAUGUAGAACCAGUUCCACAGAAUGACGGUCCCCGGCCGGUAGUCCCUAUCGCCUACACUGACGACUUCCGUGAGGCAAUGGACCGUUUUCGUGCAAUUCUUGCUAAAGAUGAACGCAGUCCUCGAGCUCUGAAGCUCACAGGCGAUGUCAUAGCCCUUAAUCCUGCAAAUUACACGGUGUGGCAUUUCAGACGACUCGUGCUGGAGGCUUUGAGCUCGAACUUGCUUGAGGAGCUUGAGUUUGUGAACGCCAACGCAGAAGGCAAUCACAAGAAUUAUCAAAUCUGGCAUCAUCGACGGUGGGUGGUACAGAAACUAGGCAAGGAUGCUGUCUAUCAGGAACUAGAGUUCACAGAAGGUGCGCUUGCAGAUGAUCCGAAAAACUAUCACGCUUGGUCUCAUCGUCAGUGGCUACUGCAGGAGCUCGACGACUGGAGCUGGGAACUUGAUUACUGCUCCACUCUGUUGAAGAUUGAUUCCGCAAACAAUUCUGCUUGGAAUCAGAGGUUCUUCGUGAUUACCAAAUGUCCAUCUUUAGGUGGAUUGCAUCAGAUGAGGGAUUCAGAAGUCCGUUACUGCACCGACGCCAUCAAGCAAGUGCCAGCAAAUGAGAGCUCCUGGAGGUAUUUGAAGGGGCUGUUCUUAGAUGACCAGUCUGCUCUCGUGAAAGAUCCUUUAGUAAGUGAAACAUGUAUAUCUGAGAUAGUGAAGGAUUCAUACAACGUGCCAGCACUCGGUUUCUUGUUAGACCUUGUGAGUGCUGGUUUCCAGCCUACUGCUGAGCAAAGCGAGAUGUUACAGAAGAUCUUACCGACAUGGGUAACGCCUUCUGAGCUGGCCAGUGCUUUGUGCACAUUACUUGAGACAGUUGAUCCUAUUCGGUGUCAAUACUGGGCCUGGCGAAGGUCCCUUCUUCCGCUGGCUGUGACCGUUUCUGAAACAUGAGGGAUAAUCAAUAAAUGUUAAUUCUCAAAGCUUCAUGA